UCGACGCCGCUUCUGGAAGCUGCCAAAGGGAAGUUCAAUUUGUUAUGGUACAGUGCAUAGUUUCAGCGCAUUGAAUCAGACGUUGGCAGAAAUGUUUCGUCGUGUGCUGGGGAAGACCUUGGGCUUUGUGGGUUACACAAUCCAGUAUGGCUGCAUUGCACAUUGUGCCUUCGAAUACAUUGGAGAGUUUGUAGUGUGUUCUGGUCCAUCCAUGGAGCCCACGAUUGUAAACCAUGAUGUAGUGUUCUCUGAACGCAUGAGUCGACAUCUUUGUAAAAUACAAAAGGGAGACAUUGUAAUUGCAAAAAGCCCAUUUGACCCAAAUGUGAUCAUUUGUAAAAGAGUGAUUGGACUGGAAGGUGACAAAGUCUGCACAAGUUCCCCAUCAGAUUUGUUUAAGACCCACACAUUCGUUCCACAAGGCCAUGUAUGGCUGGAAGGAGAUAACCUUAGGAAUUCCAGUGACUCAAGGAGCUAUGGCCCAGUUCCCUAUGCCCUCAUACGAGGGCGUGUUUGCUUAAAGCUCUGGCCCCCGCAUAGUUUUGGCACCCUGAGUGAAAGCCCAACCAAACGGAUCAUUAAUAGUCCAAGUGACUCACAUUGACUCAUCCACUUUGUUCAUAGUGUAUGCUACUGUACUUUUUGAAUAAAAAUGAUUCAUUUAUCUU